UGUUACUUCUGGGUGUUUAGUGUGUUGAUGUUGUGUGUGUUUUCUUUAAAGGGAGAGCGUUUGAGGAUUCCUGCCAACAGUUGCUGUCCAGAGUGCGUCUCCUCCUCGUCUGUGGACUCCUGCCGCCACCAAGGCCUCCUCUAUGAGCAUGACAGCCAGUGGAGAGGCUCACCUUGCUCCAGGUGUGUGUGCUCCAGAGGAGGCGUGUCCUGCACCUCCUCCUGUCCUCCUGUCAGCUGUCCUGGAGGCCAGAGACCUUUCACCCCGGAGGGAGAAUGCUGUCAGCAGUGUGCCGGCAGCGGAGAGUCCUGCUCCCAUCAGGGGACCGUGUUCAGAGACGGUGAACAGUGGAGGCCCAGUCUCUGCUCCAGGUGUUCCUGCAGGGACGGAGAGGUUCAGUGUUCAGUGGCAGAGUGUCAGCAGGUCGUCUGCAGACAGAAUGAGAACUUGGUGAUCCAGCCGGGACGCUGCUGUCCCCAGUGUGUGUCCAACCCCUGUCUGUCUGCUGGGACACAGUACCAGCAUGGUGACCAGUGGCAGAAGGAUUCCUGCACCACGUGUGUGUGUGACCGCGGUCAGUCUAAAUGUCACACACACACCUGUCGGCCUGUCACCUGUGACAAGGGUCAGAGCAGAGUGAGGCGAGCCGGUCAGUGCUGUGAUGAAUGCGCCGCCACCAAGGGGAGCUGCCUGUACGAGGGCGCCGUGCGUUACCAUGGAGACCUGUGGAACGCCACCGGCUGUGAGUUCUGUUCCUGCAGCCGAGGUCAGGUGGUCUGCCAGACCGCCCAGUGUGGACGAGUUCAGUGCCCACAGGGAUCUGAGCUGGUUGAGCUGCCGGGGAAGUGCUGCCCCGAGUGUUCUUCUGUCAAACCUUCCUGCUCGUAUCAGGGGAAAUCCUACAAGGACCUGUCCCGCUGGAGUCCCAGCAGCUGUCAGGACUGUGAGUGUCGGGACGCCCAGGUGACCUGUUACCUGCGCUCCUGCCCUACCUGCCCCCCGGGGACCCUGCUGCUGCCCCAGGAGGCUCGCUGCUGCCCCCAGUGUGGCCCAGUGUUUCCUGUUGAGACUCGUCUCAGAGGAGCAGACACUGAGAUCUUUGUCUUUGUGUUGGCUGGUGGAGCCUGA